GAAGGACCCAAUGUUGUGCAGUGAAUCCUUGUUGAUGAAUAGCUUUCGGUUGUCGAUUGAAUAAAUGAAUGAACGACAAAAUUUUUUCGGAAACAAGGAAUAACAAUUAAAAUCAAAUAAUAAACGUAUCUACAUAUUAUUAUAUAAAAAUACAAUAAAAAAUAUAUUAAUUUCAAGAAAAGUUAUUGUCUUUAUAAGAGUUUAAUUUUGCAAGACAUUGUAACAGUAAAGUAAAAAAGAAAAAUCGACUCAUAGGGAAAAAUGCAUUCGGUGGGCAUACAUUCCGCUAUGGCGAUUAAACGACAACGAAAACGACGAGAUGAACAGAAAAGAGCUAGAGAAAGACGAUAUAGUACGCAAAGCUCUGAGAGUGGGGAAACAUUCCACUCCCCAACAGGAUCUAUUAGACGAAAAUAUAAUCAUCCUCACCAUGCUGCAAAACCCGGAAUGCUAGAUAGCCAGGUAGUCACAAGUAUUGGAAUGUUGCAUAUUGGGAUUGUUUUCAUUGUAUUUGGAGUUUUCCUUUGCGGGGCUGGUAUUAUACCUGAUGAAGCGAUGUCCUGGAAUGUAUUUAGCUCUAGCUCCGCCUGGUGGAAUGAUGUUACGUGUACAGGUUUGUUUUCCCUAGGAUUGGGUUUAUUCUUACUUGUGUUGAACUGUCUUAUAAGUCGAAAAGAGGAGGAAGAUCUUGAGGACUAUGUUCAACGACAGCUAACUCGAUCCCGUUCUGGUCACCGGCUUGAGAGAGAUAUAGAAACGGGUGUAUUAACUACACGGCAUGCUAGAAAAGCUGUUGCCUUGCAGAAAAGCGGACGUACCAACUCACUGACAGAUGUGGCUGUGGUUAACUGCGGCUCAUCGGAAAAUAUAUCCAAUGGACCAAUACUUGGACGUAAUGGUCUGCCCAACUCCGGUGACGUCCUACUCGAAAAAAUUGUGGAAGAGGACACUCCCUAUUUAAAUGAUCGUAGUGCUGGAAUUUCACCAAUUGAAAUAGAAAAUGAUACGAAGUUGCUGUUAAGAAAAGAAUCCAUAAACGAAACCAUCAAUAUAACACGAAUAUAAAUAUACUGAAUUGAGAAUGAGUAUUUUAUUUUUCUAUAGCUUUAGCAUAAAAAUAGAAUCAUCUGCAAAUUACAUUUCAAACUUUAUAUUUAAAAAUGAAUAUAUAUACAUAUAAUACGCACUAUUUGUAAAUUAACUUAUGUUUACUUUAAUUAUAUUGUAUAACAUUUAUUUGUAUGCAUAAAAGAUGCAUUUAAUGAUUGAAUGACCUAUGUUAACACGAAUCACGUAUGUAUACGUUUAAUUUAUAAUACGAAUGAACAAUUUUAAUGAAAACUCUCGACAAUCGAGCACAUUGCCAAUGGCCCCUUAAGUAAAUCCAAGCAACUUAAUGCUGUAGAGGACAACAAAUUUACGGGAUAUAACAAUAUACAUAUUUAUUUAAGAUAUCCUUUUUAUGACUGAAAAGUAUCUGUUGGGCUAAAAAUUUUAUAAUUAUUGUAAACUUGCUUGUAUCUAAAACAUUCAGAGAAUAAUUUAUCAAUAUA